AUGACGUCUGAUAACUCUAAAGUUCAUUCUGCGGCGUCUGGCAAAUCAAAGGAAAAACGCCGAACACUUUCUUUAGAAUUCAUUAAUGAUGAUAGAAGUAUAGAAGAAGAUAUAGAUGAUGUUACUUCUCCUCUUUUGAGCAAGUUUAAAACAAUAAACGGAAGAGAUUUCUUUGAUAUCGAAGAUUUAAAUUAUAUAUUACCUUCUGAUAAAUUAGAGACUGACAGAGAAACUCUGUGUGGUUCUGGUAAUUGGAUAAUUGAUAUGGCAUUAGAAUAUCCAUCAUCAACAUUUAUAGGAAUUGAUGUAAAUUCUUCAUUUUUCCCUUCGAGUGAUAAAUAUCCUCCAAACGUCUGUUUUCUUACAUCCAAUGUAACUUAUGGAAUUCCAUUUCCUAUGGAGACUUUUGACUUUGUUUAUUUGAGCAUGAUGUAUUCUGCAUUCACCGAGCAACAAUGGUUUGAAUUGACCAAAGAUAUUGUUAGAGUUUUAAAAUAUGAUGGUUGGAUCGAAUCUUUAGAAGCAACUGCUCUAUGUCUAAAUCGUGGAAAGGUUACAAAAUGGAUAGAAGAGGCUGCUUGCAUGAAAGAAAAAGACAUUAAUUGUCGAAUUACUGAAUUGGUGCCAAAAAUAUUUGAAUCAAAUGGGCUUACAAACAUACAAUGCAUUAAAAUAGAAUAUCCAGUAGGCGAAUGGUUUGGAUGUUUUGGUAAAUACUCAAUGAAUAAUCUUCGUAGGCUAUUCCAAAGUUUUGUCUUUCUUCCAGAAUAUAUGGGCAUAUCUUAUGAAGAAUAUAUUGAUUUGUUGGACAUCUUUGUUAAAGAAGCAAACGAAAAUAAAACUUACACUCAUCUUCAGAGAUGUUUUGCCAAAAAAACUUGGAUUG